UGCCGAAGCCGAAGCACCAGCCCUCGCGGUUUGAGCCCCAUGCCAUGCCAGAGAUGACGUUCCAGCCGUGGCAUCCUCUCCAGGGCUGGCACACCGGGCCGGGAGCCAAAGUCGAGAAGUUCUGCUUCGUUUCUGCGACGCCCGUUUUCGCCCCCGUCGCUCGCCACGCAGCCAAAAUCCUCAACAUCUCUCAGGUCGUCCAGCUGAAAGGCAAGAAUGAAGUGACGCCGUACUUCAACGCCCUCGACAAGCCCGCUACUGACCAGCCUUCUUCGGGACGGCUGAUUGCCAUCGUCUUUAACGAGGGGUCCUACCCCGUAUCGCAGUCGACGUCGAGCCAAGCGGACCGAGAACUGACCAGGGGGAUACUGCAAGACGGGCCCUGGGAGCUGGACUACGAGGUUCGCGUGAACGACGUGAAAUUCGACGUGAACGUGCACUACCGGCGUUUCCUGAUGCUGCCGGGGGCGCUUGACCUGCAGGCGUUUGGCGAAACGACGUACCUGCUGCCCAUCCAGUACGCUGUAGAGACUGCCUUCCUCCAGGCGGUUAGCAGCGCACGAGGGAAGCCCUUUGACUACCAGGCAAGUGGCAUGCAGGAGCUGAUGCGCGUCUACGGUGUGGGCGAUGCGCUGUUCUGGUUCUCGCAUUACCUGAGCCUGCAGACGUUCGUUGCCGUGCUGGGCGCGUUCGCGCUGUCCCUGUUCUACGGCAUUCUGUCGGACGACGCCGGCAACCCGUUCAUCGUCGCCACCAACCCGGCGCUGGUCUACCUCGUCUUACUUAGCUUCGGCAGCGCCCUCGCCGUGCAGGCCAUGUUCGUUGCGCUCUUCUUCAAUAGCACCCGGCUGGCCUGCCUGCUGUCGUCGGUGCACUGGUGCCUGAACCUGACGCUGCCGUACGUGUUCCUGCAGAACCCGUUAGGCUUCGGCUACUACCUCAUCUCGAGGCAGGGCAAGCUGCUCUCCUCCGUCUUUCCUGGCAUGUUCCUUCACUGGUGCUGGAUGCUCAUCGAGCGCCUCGAGAGAUUCCGGGACGUACUGGAGACCACCGGUGGCCUCCGGCGCACCAGAGCGCGCUCCCACUGCAAGUUCUAAACACCUCGAGGAGGAGCCGGCCAACGCCCAGCCCAUAGUGUGCAUCAAGGGAGUGUCCAAGAAAUAUGGAUUAAAGCCGGUCCUGAACGACAUCAAUCUCAACGUUUUUGGCAAGCAAAUCACGGUGGUCUUCUCACCGCCCGACUCUGGCAAGACGACCAUGAUGAAGCU